AUGAAAGGACGUUUGGUAGUUACAGAAGUGUUGGUGAGAGAGGACCCAGUGUGGGAGAUGAGACACGUGCUGCCGGAAGUGCUGGUGAGAGAGGACCCAGUGUGGGAGAUCAGACACGUGCUGCCAGAGCUCAACCUGGAGAACAACACUGUUGUUGAUGUUAAUGUUAAUGUUGGAGACUUGGCACACCUGCCCUGCCGCUUCCCACAACUCUCUACCCUCCACCAGGCGUUCCUGCUGCUGCAGGUAUCGUGGAUACGUCGGUGGGACUGGCACAUUCUCACCACUGGCAUCUACACUUACACUAGCGACAUGCGCUUCAGCGUCCUUCACACUGAGGGUUCCGAUGACUGGACACUGCAGAUCAAGUAUGCUCAAAUCCGCGAUAACGGAACCUAUGAGUGUCAGAUGUACACGGGGACUGGCGUACUCUCCCAGUUCGUCAAUCUUCUCGUCAACACACCACGUGCUGCUAUACUCGGUCCUCAGGAACUGCACGUGCAGGAAGGUGACACCAUCACCCUCAUCUGUGUCAUCCAGCAGAGUAAGCCACCUUUCGUGUUUUGGUACCACGGUGACGAAAUGGUCAACUACGACGCUAAUCGUCACCGCCUCAGCGUGGUCACCAAGGUGGAGGGCACCAGGACUCACUCACGUCUCACCAUCACUGACGCAAGGUGGGAAAUCAAUAAGAGUGAUGAAUGGAAAGAGAAAAUAAUGGCGACAUCCGAGGACAUUGCAGCAAUAAAAGAGAUCAAACUCACAGAGGAAACUAAAAAACAGUUUUCCCAAGAUAUCAAAUAA